AUGGGAUGAUGAGCGACGAAUAACGCUGAUGACAAGUUGUAUAAAGCUAAUCAAAAAUAUUUGCAGCAGACUACAGAACAGCAAUUAGAAAUGGGCUUCGAUGCAUGACUUCCCUCAAAAAGAAGAGAGACUAGGGCUCCUGUAUUGGAACGCAGCUAUGCAAGUGAGGAGUCUGAAUAUGAGUCUGACGAUUCGGAUAACUCAUAUCUAAAUGAUCCUGACUACUACAACACCAAAGCAAGGCUUAAGAGCAAAUUCAUGCCAUUCCUUUCAACUGGGAAGGAACUGAAGAUCUUCAGUGUGUAUAAAUACUCUGGUGGGCAGAAGGCCAAUAACCUGCCUUUUUGGCCACAAGUAUUUCAUUUCCUGUCAAUCGAAGAUAUCGAAAUUAGCAUGCUAUGCUGAAAGAGGUUUUAUGAAGCUGCCCAAGAUGAAAGAAUUCUUGAAAAAUUUCUGGACUCAGACAAUGAAGAAAGUGAUUCAGAAGAUUCUGACGCCCAGGAUGAACCUGUCCUUAGUAAAAAUGCCAGCAAUAAUUAUUCGAAUAAGGGUAAAUCCUCUGCAUGGAAAGCAGCCUCUAAGAAGAUUAUUCCGAAGACUUCAGAUCAGUACUUAAGCCCUUAUGAAGAAAAUUCCAAAAAUGGGGUAAAUAAUGUUAUUCUUGCGUCUCGAAAACGGAGUGAGAGCUGGACAAAAAUAUCGAUUCAGAAGAAGAGAAGAAAUACUAUUAUCAAAAUGCACAACCAAAGCAUUCUCCAAAAGAACAAAGAUGCUCCAGCUAUCAGGCUCCGUAAUAUGGAUCCUAUAGAGUGAGAACCGAGUGCAAGUGUCUCUAGUGCAAGUGUUUCCUCUGUAGAUAAUUCUACAAAUAAAGACAAUGUGAAUAAUAACCGCCAAGAGGAGAGUUUCUUUUCUAUAAGUCCGUGAGAACCAGUCAAUAACAACUCUUCAAGGGUUAAGAACUUAGAUUCUCAGAAGAGGAAGCAGUCAACAGGAAUUGAGGCAAAGAGUAAACAAUCGUUCGGUUCUCAAGCUAGGAGGAAAUCAAAGAAAUCCUUUAAAUAUCGAAGAGAUUCUAUCCUCAAACGCCUAAAGUUCAAGCCAAUCCUGAAAUUUAGCCAGAAGAACGAACGUGAAAACGAUAUUUUAAAAUAACAUUCAGGAAAAGAUGGAGGUUUAUAACAAACAGCUAUCUUGUGACUCUAAGGAUGAGGAGAACAAAUUCCUCAAACUCCAACCAAGCAGGAUUAUGGAACAGACUACUGAGAGCAGCCGUGAGGGCCAAGCAGGAUAUAUCAACCCCAAUGUCCACAUGACUCAUGAAAAAGGCGAGUCAUCUCCAAAAGUUAUGAAACACAAGUUUGAUAUAAAGAAGCAUUAUGAACAAACAGUGAAUAAUACUAAUCUGAGUAAGGAAGAUAUGCAAGGAAUUCCUUACCCUGAGACCUUUGUGGAGAAUCUGAAAUCAGAGGAUAUUGACCUCAGAAAAAGAAUUGAGAAGAAUAUCAGUGAUAUGAAGUCUAACCUCCAGAAUGAUAAAUACAGGUUCGGUAAAAUCCGGCCAUUCAAUGUUCCUGACAAGGAACUUGAACACAAAGACACAAGAGAUUUUUACCGUACUAGCAAGAACUAGUCAAGCCAAGGGAUGAAUUGAUAAAGCUCAACCAUAAUUUUGA